UUACAAAACUCAGUCGAUUAGAGGAGAGCAACCAGAGAUCACGUUUACAAUGAAAUUUAUUCUACUACUAUUAUUGCUGGGAGUGGAGUGCCCGGGGAUCAGGGCUGCCAAUAUUUUGGGAGUCUUUGGAGCUCAUAGUCCCUCACAUACCAUCGUCAACAUGGCGGUGAUGAAAGCUCUAGCGGAUCGGAGCCACAACAUCACAGUGGUUCUAACAGCAAUGCCCAAAAUGAAGGCACACGAAAACAUCACCAUUAUCCUGGCACCGCGCACUCCGAAACGUAUUCAAGACAUUAAGGAUCAUGUGGCCAAAGCCUCUCAAAGAAAGCAGUCCCUGUGGAAAAGCAUGGUGUUAACAAUUCUACAGUCGGAAUUUCAAAUCGAAGGCCAAUACGAGUUCCUUAUGCAUCCCAAUCUCAGGAAUCUCUAUGAAAAGCCGCAAACCAAGUUUGAUUUGGUGAUUCUGGGCAUGUUGGCCAACGAUUUCCAACUGGGCAUUGGAGCCAAGCUUAACUGCCCGGUAAUACUAACCUGGGUGAGAAUUCCAAUGCUGUUUGCUGACUUUGUGGUAGGGAAUAUAGCCGAUCCUGCCUAUGUUCCCACCAUGACUGUCGGACUAGAGCCAGGUCAAAAGACGAUGGGGUUUGGCCUGAGAUUGACAAACUUUUUGAAGUACACUUUCUCGAGUAUUUUCAAUGAAGUGAUGGCCUACAAAAUGAACCAGUAUUACGUCCGUGCCUUUGGCAAUGAGUCGGAUCCUGAUUUUCCAACUUACUCCGAAAUGAAACGUCGUAUUUCCCUGCUCUUCUACAACUAUCAUGCUCCCAGUGAAGGACCCAUUCGACCUGUAGUCCCUCAGUCCAUUGAAAUCGGUGGAAUUCAGGUCAAGGAACAGCCAGAUCCUCUGCCUAAGGACAUAGCAGAGUUCCUGGACAAUGCCAGGGAUGGAGCUAUAUUUUUCAGUCUGGGAAGCAACGUGGAUACCAAUACCUUUAGUCCCCAAGUGAUUGAGAUUAUUCACAAAGUUCUGUCCAAGCUGACCCAGCGAGUCAUUUGGAAGUGGCAUGACUUGGAUGAUACGCCGGGAAAUGCUUCAAACAUUUACUUUGGGAAGUGGCUGCCCCAGGACGAUAUCUUGGCCCACCCCAAUACGAAGCUAUUUAUAACCCACGCUGGAAAAGGAAGCGUGGCAGAGGCCCAGUUCUAUGGAGUUCCGAUGGUGGCAUUGCCACUCUUUGGCGACCAGCCAUCCAAUUCGGAAAUCCUGGCAAAGUCUGGGUUUGGUAGAUGGCUGGAUGUUCAUACUCUAACAGAGGAAGAUUUCGAAAAGACUGUUCUGGAUGUGAUGGAAAAUCCUACGUAUAGAAAGGCUAUUGGUAAAUUCUCCUCUCUGUACAGGGAUCGCCCCCUAACUGCUCGCCAAUCGGUAGUUUACUGGACAGAAUAUGUUCUACGUCAUCAGGGAGCCUAUCACCUCCAGAGUCCCCUUAUUCAAAUGGAUUUUGUAGCUCGUAAUAACAUUGAUGUUUAUGGAAUAAUUCUCUUCCUCGGAGUGGUUGCCUCUCUUACCAUUUUGGCUAUAUUUAAAUGGGUAUUUCGCAAGGUUUCUAGAGUCUUUCAUGGAAAAAAUAAUCAACAGAAAGUAGACAAGCUUAAACAUAAUUGAUUUUUAAGGCUCUUUAGUAGCAAAUGCAAUUUUUAACUAAUUUAGGAAAUAAAAAUAUUGUUUUCAUAAUUUA